CUGUAGAUUGGCUUUGGUAGUAUAGUCGUUUUGACAAUAUUGAUUCUUCUAACCCAAGACCCUGGUAUAUCUUUCCACAUGUUUGUGUCAACUUUGAUUUCUUUCAGCCUAUUUAAGAAGGAUAGGUGUUAGCUCUUCUCUAAAUGUUUGAUAGAAUUUGCCUGUGAACUCUUCCAUUGUGGUCACUGACAUGCCCUCCAGACUAAGGAAGACCCAAAAACUUUGGGGCCACAUGAGCCAAAGCCAUGGCCACAUUGGCAAACACUGGAAGCACUCAGGAGGUCAGGGUAAUGCGGGUGCCAUGCAUCACCACAAGAUCAUCUUUGAUAAAUACCACCUGGGAUACUUUGGGAAAGUUGUUCUGAGGCAUUACAACUUGAAGAGGAACCAGAACUUCUGCCCAGCUGUCAACCUCGAUAAACUGUGGAUCUUGGUCAGUGAGCAGACGUGGGUAAAUGCUGCAAAGAACAAGACUAGAGCUGCUCCUGUCAUUGAUGUGGUGCAGUCAGGUUACCACAAAGUUCUUGGGAAGGGAAAGCUCCCAGAGCAGCUUCUCACUGUGAAGGUCAAAUUUUUCAGCAGAUGAGCUGAAGAGAAGAUUAAGGGGAUGUGUGGGGCCUGUGUCCUGGUAGCUUGAAACCAAAUGGUGGGAAAUUCAUUAAAUGCUGACAAGUGCUUUUCUCGGGGAAAAAAAAAAAUUGCCUGGACUUUAUUUU